AUGGAGCCUCGAAGAAAGAGACCAAGACUUGAGCUUGACCUUCACAAUCAAUCCGAGGAUGACGAUGACGAACUUAACUACGAUCCUGAGGAAAUAUCCCGGAAACGAGACCCAGGUUUUCGCCUCGCCCAAUCUCGCGCAACUGCAGCUUUUCGCUUGAAGUCAACCUUCGAAAGUAUCUUUGAGAAGUAUGAGCGCGACUUCUCGGGUGUCGGCGAUGAGAUCGACCUUCGCACUGGGGAAAUCGUCGUGGACAAUGGCCAUCUGCAGAAAAUGCGGAAUGAGAAAGAUGUAGGUUUAGACCUGACCGAAGCUGGAAUAGAAAUGUCUGGGAGCUCCGCCUCCACCACUGCCGGCGGAGCCGUUGACGGUGCCACCGUCCGUUCAGCGCAAGGACAAAACAACCGUCAAAGUCCUCGAUACGAAACGAGCGAGGAUGAAGAUCGCAUACUUGGGGGAGACAAGACUACGGGGACCCAUGAAGGAAUAAUCAAUGGCCCAAUGGCCCUUGUGCCAUACGCUUCAAACCACCGGCCAGCACACCUCCACACUCCGUCAAAUGCCUCCCUCUACCCAUCCCCCGUCCGCCUCGGCUCGCAACCAUAUUUCGGUGCCUCCCCGCUUUUCUUCAAUUCCUGGUCUCCCUCCGGCGCAGGAGAUCCCAUAUGGAAUGCUCCACAGAUUGAAGUCCCAAGAUUUAGGAGCUCCUUCGCCACGAGCUUAUAUGCCAACCGUUAUCAGCUUCCCGCCCGUGAAGGCUCACGUUCUAUUUGGGCACCCCGGUCUAAAAAGGAUGAUGACGAGGAGGAAUUGGAUCCGUUACCGAAGCUACGGGUGAGGCCAUCACCUCCCACGAGGAGAGUUCCAGCCAGACCUGUGAUGGCCAAGCUGAUCCGCGCCCAUCCGGAAUCUGGUGGAGACUCCGGUGAUGAGGAGUGUAUUUUGAUGGGCUCAAAAAUAGAUCCAACUCCAGCCCCCGAGGAUGGGCCAAAAAGGGGCGUUAACCGUGGCGAUAUUGUGUCUUUGAGCAACGGUAGGCAAACCAGCGUGGAACACAAUGAGAUGAUCGGUACCACUGCGCAGCCAGUUACUCAGACCCAGAGCGAUAAAAUAGCUGAAAGGGGAGGGGGCGAAUUAACUCCGCGAACGAAACUGCCCCCGCCCGGGAAAGACCGUACCAGACGAGCGAAGAUUCACCAAUUAAUGCCCGCCCGUGAAUCCGGGCUUAAAUCCAGAAGGUCAAGCAGGGAGACCGUUUCGCCCGGCAAGGAGGCAGCGUCGACAGCUACGGCGACAACCAUGCGAUCUGCCGCGGUGGCCCAAGGAGCUAUCUUGGCUCCUCCCGAUAAUGAGAAACGUCGCUGGUCGAACAGCGUCGUCGUCGAGCUUUCUUCUAGCCAUCUGUUUGAUGACAGUUAUUACCUUGACCUUUCAAACAUGUCGGACGACUCCCGCAACCCCCCUCCAUCCUCUCGACUCUCAGUUGAGUGCGAUACUGGAGAUUCUCAAAACGACGCCCUUUCCGCACCUAAGAAGGUUAUUCCGGAUUCACAGACGUCAGACAGCUCUAUUACGGAACCCCUUGAGCACAUUCCCGAUACCGUAGUCGCGUCUUUGCCCAUGUGCUCGAGCGCAAAUGACACUCACCAGCAGCUUGCUCGCAAUGCCUAUGACUUGUCUGAUGAGGAGCAGGGGUUUGUUUCCAACUCUGCAGCAUCUGGGAGACAUUUGCCCAGCGCAAAGGAAUGUUCCAGUUCGCUCCCGUCUAGUUCGCAUAAGCCAGUCGACCGCGGCCGACUCGACGAGGUCCGUAUUGCAGGAAAAUGGCAGGGUGAGACCGCAGUACCUUCUAUGAAGAACGUACCAACAGAUUCAUCACCCGCAGCGUUGUUCUCCCCAAUCAAGACGAGGUUUGCACGAGCAAGAGCACGUUCAGUCACCAAAUCCUCGAAGAAAAUGGGUCCUUCAGCCCUCGAUGUCGAUGUAUCAGCCGCCUCCACUACGAGCCUCAAACGCGCCCCCAAACCCUUGCCUUUGACGAACAUAACGCCGUCCUCGGGUGAGAGGCCUUCGUCUUCGCAUGCGCUGCCGCUGCAAUUUGCCCCACCUCAAAGUGAGGCUCCGCGGUCAUCCACCCAUGGGCUCGGCAUAGAAUCGCAGCCCUCGGAUGGGACGGAGAAUACAGUCGAGUCUACGGAUAUAGUACCGUCGCAUUCAGACCACGGUAGCCCUAGCCCGCAGUCGUCGCGAGAACCACCAUGUUUGGGGGGAAAUCGCCAGCACGCAUCCGACGAUGGCGUUUCAGAGCCCUCCACUGAGGUUGACACGAGCAGGUCCGCUCAGAUGAUGCCAAAAGACAGCGACAGGACCGCCUCAGUCGGUCCCGAAUCUAAGGACGCGGCCAAAUUAGACUCUUCCAAACCCAUCAGAAGCGGAAUUCAGGCAAUUCGCCAGGACACCAGGCUAAAAUGCGUCACUGCACACAGGAGCACCAAGAAGCUGGGCAGAAAACCCUCCACUCACCAGAGGAAUGGGGCCGUGGAUCAUAUCAGCCAGGCCGAAUCCUCUCUUUCCCUCCAAACCGGGAAACCCAUGGCUGGGUCCUGCGACGAAAAGCCCAUCCGGCAACAACCGCCGCGCCAUCUAAGCCCGACAGCUACGCCGAAGUCAAAAAUGCUUUUGAACGAUACUACACCCAAAUCACAUCCGUCAACCGGCCACCGGUCUCUUACUUCUCUCAUACCCGAAGCUGGUAAUGCUUUCUCGCCCAAUGACUCUGAAGACGAACUCACCCUUAGUUCGAGCGCUUUCCGGACCAUCUUCGGCCGGCCCAUUUCCUCGAAAAGCUCGAUCACAGAUACAGCUCGAGUUCGGUAA